AUGGUUGUAUCGAAAGAAUUAAAAAGCCGCCCCAAUGAGGAGAUCAAGAAAUGGGAGCCAGAGGCUUUUGGCAAAUGUCCAUUUUCUUCCAUUAGGCUGCGUAACUUCAAGGAUGAGUCGACUUUCCAAGACACCCUCCAUCACAAGGCUGUAAAGAAAGUGCCAUGCAAGUCGAGUGUCUGCCAUGGAUCCGUCAUGUUUCCAAAGUCCUUGCUGCGCGCUCCUUCGGACUCUCUUCCCAACGGCGGUGAACUUUUGGUGCAAGCGCUUGACUUCGUCAAUCAAUUUUACAAUUCAUUGAAAAGUUACAGAGUGGAGGAGCGCUUGGCCCGGAUUGAGCAGGUCAGUGCUGAGAUUGAAGCUACUGGCACAUAUGAGCUGACCACAGAUGAGUUGGCCUUUGGAGCUAAACAGGCGUGGAGAAAUGCCCCCCGAUGCAUUGGAAGGAUACAGUGGUCCAAUCUACAGGUGUUUGAUGCUCGGAAGUGUACCACCAGCAAGGGCAUGUUUCAGCACCUUUGUGAGCAUCUCCAGUUUGCCACCAAUGGAGGAAAUAUAAGGUCUGCGAUCACAAUAUUCGCCCAGAGAACUGACGGGAAGCACGACUUCCGUGUGUGGAACAGCAUGCUUAUCAAGUACGCUGGUUAUCAAAUGCCAGAUGGGACCAUACGCGGAGAUCCUGCCACUCUGGACUUCACUAAGAUAUGUAUUCGCCUUGGGUGGACUCCGAAAUAUGGGACAUUCGAUGUUCUACCACUGGUUCUGCAGGCCAAUGGAGAGGACCCGGAGGUCUUUGAGAUACCACCCGAGUUGGUUUUGGAGGUUCCCUUGGAACACCCACAAUAUGACUGGUUUAAGGACCUCCAGCUCAGGUGGUAUACCGUGCCUGCAGUGACCAACAUGUUGCUAGAGAUCGGUGGACUGGAGUUCUCGGCCUGCCCCUUCAGCGGCUGGUACAUGGGCACAGAGAUUGGAGUAAGGGAUUUGUGUGACACCCGGCGCUACAAUAUACUGGAGCAAGUUGGUCGUAAGAUGGGCUUGGAAACUCAAAGGCUCUCGUCUCUUUGGAAGGACCAGGCCCUACUGGCUGUCAACAUCGCUGUUCUUCACAGUUUCCAGAAAAACAAGGUGACCAUCACGGAUCACUAUUCAGCCUCCGAGUCCUUCAAGCAGCACCUGGAGACAGAGUACCGUGUCCGUGGAGGGUGCCCCGCUGACUGGGUCUGGUUGGUUCCACCCAUGUCAGGUUCUCUCACGACUGUCUUCCACCAGGAAAUGGCCAACUACAUCCUUUCACCGUUCUACUACUACCAGCCUGAGGCCUGGGAAACACAUGUCUGGAAAGAUGAGAGCAAGAAACUGAAGAAAAGAGAAAUCCACUUCUGUGCUGUGGCCAGAGCAGCACUCUUCACCGUGUUGCUGAUGCGGAGAGCCAUGGCCCUGCGUGUGCGCUCCACUGUGCUGUACGCCACAGAAACCGGGAAGUCACAGACUCUGGCCAAAAACCUCAACUCCAUGCUCAGCUGUGCCUUCAACUCCAGGCUGCUGUGCAUGAAAGAUUACGUCAUCAGUGACCUUGAAAAAGAGAGCCUACUUCUUAUGGUGACCAGCACUUUUGGAAGUGGAGACUGCCCAGAGAAUGGAGAGAGUUUCAAAAAGGCCCUCUUCAGUCUGCAAUCCCUUGGAAAUAAAUUCAGAUACUGUGUAUUUGGCCUGGGUUCUCGCAUGUACCCCCAGUUCUGUGCCUUUGCCCAUGCUUUGGACGCCAGGUUGGCACUCCUUGGGGCCAAGUGUUUGCUCCCCGUUGGAGAGGGAGAUGAGCUGAAUGGGCAGGAAGACUCAUUCCGUGCUUGGGCACAACAGGCUUUACAGGAGGCUUGCAAGGAAUUCAGAAUACAGGGUCAGCUCUCUGUCCUGGAAGGACCUUCAGACACCUGGGAUCCUCAUAGAUACAGGGUGCAGCAUGACAACAACCAGUUGGACCGCGUCAGAGCAUUGUCAGAGAUACACUCUAAAGCUGUGAUCCCGAUGAAGCUGAAAAGGAAAGAAAACUUACAAAGUGCCUGGUCCAGUCGCUCUACAAUCUUGGUGGAACUGGAGCAAGAGAGUGGGGCAGGGCCUUUAGAGUUUGUCCCAGGUGACCACGUGGGAGUAUUUCCAGGGAACCCUGCAGAGCUGGUGACAGGGAUCCUGAAACUCCUGACGGAUGCCCCACCUACUAACCAGAGCUUACAUCUGGAAACUCUUGCGACUUCCUCUGGCUCAGGCACGCCAUGUUGGCAGCUGGACCGGCGCAUCCCAGCAUGCCCUCUAGCACAGGCCCUCACCUACUUCCUGGACAUCACCAGCCCCCCCUCGCAGGCCCUGCUCUACAAGAUUUCUCAGAUCGCCACACAUGUCAACGACAGGCAGCAGCUUCUCACGUUAGCUAUGGACUCUGAGGAGUAUGUGCGAUGGGUGAGUUUCUACAGGCCCACGCUUCUUGAGCUCGUCCAACUGUUCCCAUCGCUGGAGCUCACAGCACCCUUCCUCCUCGCCCAGCUGCCGCUGCUGAAGCCACGCCUCUAUUCCGUUAGCUCCUACCCUGACCUUUGCCCUGAUGAGCUCCAUCUCACCGUGACUGUUGUGAACUACCAUACUCAAGAUGGGCACGGGCCACUCCAUCAUGGUGUCUGUAGCACCUGGCUAAAUACAGUCAAGGAAGGAGACUUGGUGCCUUGUUUCCUUCACAGUUCCAAAGGCUUCCACCUCCCAGACCGCAAUGUACCAGUCAUCUUGGUCGGGGCAGGGAGUGGCAUCGCCCCCUAUAGGGGAUUUUGGCAACAGUGGCUUCAUGAUCUGGAAAAGACAGGUUUUACCGGUGUGCCCAUGGGACUGGUGUUUGGCUGUCGCAGUGCGGACUUGGACCACUUGUACAAGGACGAGGUGCUGGAGAUGAAACGCAGGGGCGUGUUCAGUACCAUCAGCACUGCUUACUCACGCCAGCCCAGUCAGCCCAAGAUGUAUGUGCAAGAGGUGCUGCGGGAUUCGAUGGCUGAGGAGCUGGUCCAGGCUCUGCACCAGCGCGGGGGGCACCUGUACGUCUGUGGGAGCAUGAGCUUGGCCAAGGGGGUGGCGGACGUCGUAGAGGGCAUCUUGGUGCAUCGGCUUGGCAUCUCGGCCCUGCAGGCCUCCCAAUACCUGGCCCAACUUAAGUGUGAGAAGCGGUACCAUGAAGAUAUCUUUGGGGACAAAACAUGCAAAUGAUGUGAACUUCGUCAUCCGUUUCCACUGAUUAACAUACACAUGA